AACUUCACGUUUUAGGCACAGAUUAAAUAUUAGGGUUAUGUAAAUCUAGAUCUUGUAAAGUAGUGGGCUGUGGUCGUGGGAAGUAAAAAUUGAAGGUUUUCACUUAUCUGUUAUAAGAAAUGUCUUCGACUAAUAAAGGAACUUUUCAACCAGAUUCAGAUGUUCACAUUACUUACGAAGACCAACAAAAAAUUAAUCGCUUCGCGAGGUUAAACGCCAAACUGGAAGACUAUAAAAUUGAAAUCAAGCAGAAAGAAAAUGAUCUUAAAAGCCUAGAAGAUGCAUGUGACGAAAUAGCUCUCUUUGAUGAUGAUGAACAAAUUCCUUAUUUAGUAGGAGAAGUUUUUAUAUAUCAAAAUGUUGAAAAAACUCAACUGUCUUUGGAAGAGGCGAAAAGGAAAAUUGAAGGUGAAAUGAAUGAUGUGAAGAUGAAAUCAAGUGAAAUCAAGGAUACAAUGAGUGAACUGAAGUCUCACCUUUAUGGAAAAUUUGGAAGUCAUAUCAACUUGGAGGCUGAUGAAGAAUAGUUCAUAAUGGUUUAAAUGUUUUAUAAUUAUAUAGGUGGAUUCAUGUACCAGCUUGAGUGGUUGUCACCAGUUUUAAGUAGUCAUAUUUUUCAUUUAUACUACUAAAAAUUGAAAUUCGUUAACAAGGAUAUGAAUAUUUAUAUAUAAAGUAAUAAAUAUGUUCAUAUAUAAAUAUUUUCCUUCAAAACAAUUUCUUAGGUCCUGAGACUGGGUGUAUGAAUCCACACUCAGUUUUCCUUUUGCUUUUAAUAGCAUUAUAUUUACUUCUUGUAGCUUACUCACAUUUGAUAUCAUUCAUAAUCUAUUUUUUUUAUUUUAUUCUUGUCAAAAACUUUCAGACGUUGACAGUGUACGAGGUUUUUAUCAAGUAUUUGCAUAACUGUUUCACAAAUUUUAUUAACAGCCCUAUUCGUUUAAUGUGGCAGAUGGUCUUCAAUACCAGAUUUGAAUUGACAAACUAAAUGAAAAAAUGUAUCGCUGCAUAAUGCAUAAAUGAAGUGAAUAUCAAUAUCACUUCAAAACAGAA